UAGACUUUAUUCGCUUCAUUCAGUGAUCCUUAGUCUGUCAUAUGUGCGGGCGCCUUCGCCUCGCUUGUGCUUCCAACGGGAUCUGUGAUUUUUCUCGUCAGUGCGAGAUAAAACGUGAGCGGGGAUCGUGUGAUCUCGUCAAUCACAGAGAUCGAAGAGAUUCUUUUUACGCGAUUUUCGCUUUUCUUAAAUAAUAUAAUCAGUGAAGUACUAGUGAAAUUUAAAAAAAUUAAUUCACACAAGUGUUAGUAAAUACAUUCUAAUAAAUUUGUCAAACAAGUAAAACAUUUUUUUACAAAAAUAAUUGAUAUAUAAGCUUAAUUCUUAAUACGAUAAAAGUUUUUGUUUAACGAUUAUUUGUUUACGUACACUCGGAAUAUGCUAUUGAUUGAUUAAAUGACUGACAAGUUACGGGCAUCGUAAGCUAUUAAACAGAAACACACGCGUGCGUCUUCAGUCUCUCUUAUACGAAGGCAAUGAAACGUUCAGAUUGGUUCGUCUAAACAUUGCCAUUGGCAGCCCGGCGAGAAUUUGCACGUGUUUGUUCGCCUAAAUCGCAGCACUUUAUGCGCCGCGUUUCCGUGUUCUGAUUCUCUGAAUUCUGAGCAUCCGAAUCCGACAUUUCUCGCAUUUCGCGUAUCUCUUCAAGCAUGCUCGAGAAUCCAAUCGACUAAACACUCAUUACAACGGAAUUAUAACUUUGCCCGAAGGAAUUCUGUCAAGUGCUAAGAUGACGACAACUCCUUCGCGCUUCAACGACGGAAAUCGAUGAGUCUCGAUCUUCCUCGUACAAACGAAAAUAUCUAGUCGAUUGUUGACCCAAAGCGCAAGUAAAUUCUGUGCAGUCUUCAUCAAACGAAAACGAAACAUCGCAAGCAAUGGCAGCACAUCUAUUGCGGUAUCUUCUCAUGUUCCUGUGUGUCGCUCACGUGACGAUCGCGGAAAAAGAAUCGAACAUUCUCAAGCUGAGCAAGCCGCAAAAAAUUGUUCCGAUCGAAGCGAACACGUUAAAUCUCAAUAAAACGGAACACGCGCAAGAGAAGAAUGAAUCCGAACAACGUCCGGCCCUAAUUUCUUUUAGCAAAAAUAAUCCGGAGCUGGACUGGAAGAAUUAUCUGAACAUGUUCGACGCGAAGCAAGAAGAAGAACACCGGAACUUCGACGUUGAUUUUAUGAGAGAGAAAUUCGAAAGAACAGCUAAUAGCAUACAGUGGCUCGCGGAUCUUUACGAUCCUUUUCGGUGGGUCAGAGUACCCGGGGGACUCCAAAACGAAUGUCGAAGGGACAUGGAAAGGUUUCUCGACGCGCUGAGAAACGGAAAACUUUGGGCCGCGAAGAUGUCGGACGCAAGCGGCCGAUAUUCCUCGCAAUUCCAUUUCGGUAACGGUUUCUGGCUGGGUUCGAGCACCCUCUGCAGGGAGCUCAAUGUCACCGAUGGAAAGAACGUGGCGAGCGUCGACGAAAAGCAACCGCCUUAUCCUCUGAGAUUUCACGUCGCGAGACUGUAUCUGAGUCUCCCGAAAGAGCUCGAUUUUUCGACACGUCAGGUGUUUUUGGGUCUGUGCUUGCCGGCUACAUGCGAUCGUACGUCUCUGGCCUCGAUGCUAAGGGCCAGCGCUGAUAGAGUCGAACGCGAAGGCAAUUCGACCUAUCGAUCGGGCGGUCCGAAGGUUCGCAUUGUUACGGUGAAACCCGUGCCAUCUAGCAAUUACUGCGCUUGGCAGGAUCCCAAAUUUUACGUGCUUUCAGCUAUCGGCGGCGCGAUAUUGGUGCUAAUGAUCUGCGCGACGGUGUACGAAUACAGAACGUUCCCCCACGUAAAGGACGUCGAGUCGUCGUCAAGCGUGUCGAAUAACAACGACAAAACCAGCGACUGCGUGGACAAAAAUCUGAAUCAAGAUCGCAGGAUCUCAAUAGGACAGGAAAACGGUCAGGAGCUUAUCGAGAAGGGCGCGAAGCAGUUGCAAAAAGAGAAUCCCAUUCAGAAGAAAGAUUGCGACGAAGGAUUCUGGUUGAGGUGCUUGCUCGCGUUCAGCCCUAUCGUUAACGGAAGUAAGAUCAUUAGCACGGAGCCCGCGGCCAAAGAUAGUCUAACCUGUCUUCACGGCCUUCGAGUAUUCUCGCUAGGAUGGGUCGUCAUGGUGCAUACGUAUCUCCAGGUUUUCUCCAUUGCCGAGAACAAGACACUGCGAACGGUUACGGAGAGGAAUUUCAUGUUCCAGACCAUCAGCAACGCGACGUUUUCCGUGGACACUUUCUUUUUUAUCAGCGGCCUGUUGGUGACUAUACUUUUCUAUCGAUCCAUGAGCAAUUUUAACAACGAGAAAGGCAACUUCUUAAAGACGAGUUGCACCAAGUUUGUUAUCAUGAUUCUGUAUCGAUUCAUCAGAUUAACACCGGCUUAUCUCUUUGUACUGGGAAUGAACGAAAUCGCCAUAAAGCAAGCUCAGGCUAAGACUGUCUUUUCACCUGGUAUCAUCGAUCACUUGACCUGUGAAAAGUUCUGGUGGCGAAACGCGCUCUAUUUGAAUUCCCUGUAUCCGCGCACGGAAAUGUGCAUGCUGUGGAGCUGGUAUAUGGCCAACGACACGCAGUUCUACGUCCUUGGUAUAUUUCUUCUUUUGCUUUCCGUAAAAUAUCUCAAGACCGUGGCCGUCGUCGUCUCGCUGCUGAUCGUCUCCUCGUGGUUCACCACGUUCUCCGUAGCCUACAGCAACGAUUACGUAGCCAGGAUCCAAGAGCCGUUCGCUCUCUUCGACGAGCUCUACGACAAACCGUGGCUGAGAGCGGGUCCGUACUUCAUCGGCACGAUUACCGGAUACAUCCUCUUCAAAACGAAAUGCCAGUUGAAGCUACCAGUGGGUGCGAAACUGAUCGGCUGGAUACUGUCCGCGACGAUCAUGUUUUCGGUGGUAUAUGGAUUGUACCCCGGAAAUUUGACGGUGCUAGUGAGCUCCGUAUACGCCGCCUUGGGUCACACCGCGUGGACGAUAGCUGUCGCUUUUAUCGUGAUUCAAUGCUGCACCGGGUCGGCACGAAUGAUCGACAGUUUGCUCUCGCUCCGACUAAUGUAUCCGCUUUCGAGGCUCACCUAUUGCGCCUAUCUGGUACAUCCCGUUAUCAUGAUGGUCACGUGUAACCACAUGGACGGGCCGCUACAUCUCCACAAUGGGAUUGUGCUUAUUGUCUAUUUUGGUAACCUGGUAGCCUCGUAUCUGCUAUCGUUCUGUAUUUCUCUCGCUUUCGAGGCACCGGUGGUGAAUUUAUUGAAAAUCGCGUUCACCUCGAAGAAGAGAGGGAGGUAGAGAUUACUUGUCUGAUAAAAGGACAAAUGCGAUUACCCAGCGCGGUAACGACGUUGUCUCGAAAUCUCCGCACCCCAAACCGAAGGAAGAUGAGAAUCACUGAACACUUUUUACACAGGACGUGUAUGCGUGACUAUAAAUCACCGAUAUUCGCAGUUCGUGAUAAUGUCGUGAAAAUUCGGUGAUAAUUCAUCGCACGAAACAGGUCUCAAUUUCCUACAGUUACAGUUCUUUUUCCCCAAAAUCUAGGAAAGCCUAAAUUUCACUCAUAUAAAUCAACUUGUCUAUUAACGAGAAUAAGAUACUAAACAGCCGUGUUUCAAAGUGUCGCGAUCAAUUAUCUCGCGAACAAAACAAUGCGGUUGACGCGAUUCAGAUGAGAUAUUUGAAAAUAACUGAUAAAGAAAUCUUUAAAAGCGCGCUCUUCCGGAGAGGUAUUGAUUUUGUUUUCAAUCGAAGAUAAUAAUUUCUCGAGACCGGUGACAAUUUCGUUUCGCAGCUCUCGCAAAUACAUUCGAAAGCCGCGAACUGUCCGAGCAAGUAGAUUGUCUCUUUCUCGAUAACGUGUUAAAUAGCAUCUAGCAGUGCAAUAAUCGCGCGCAUUUAUUUACGUAAUAGACAAACGUUCCCUGAAACGUAACGGAGCGUAAAUCGCUGGUUAUGGAAUAUAAAGUCAUAAUAGCGUGUGUGUUCGGAAUUUUUCGCUUGAGGUUUAUAUCCGCGAAUUUAUCAUGUCGCGUGUGAAUGAGGGGAAACCUAUGUAUUAUACAUAGUAGCCAUAAUGUGACGGUAUAAAUAGCAAUAAAACAACGCACAAGCAUGCAGCAUGUAGAAUAAUACACAUAUACAUAAAUAUAUAUACCUGCCUAUUGUAAUAAGAUAAUGUAAUUUUCUUGUAUAAAAAAAAU